AUGGACAUCACGCCGUACGAAACCACACGGUCUCGUUCUCGAUCUCGGUCCAGAACUAGAAACUCGACCGCCAAUUCUCGUUCAACCUCCGCCACGAGAAGACCCAGCUUGGGGUCACGGAAAUCGCUUUCUUCCUCCUCCUUGAACAACCUCACCUUAACUCAACAGCAUUUCGACAAUGGCGGAGAAAUGACCGUGCCCUCGGUGCUGGUCACACUAGAUAACACGUUGCCUUACGAUUUCUUCAAACAGGAGCUUAUUGCGCUUAUUAGAGCCCUUAGAAUCAGCAAAUGGCAUAAGAAGUGGUUGACGGUGAACAAUGUCGUGGUGACUCGUAUCUCCGGUGCAUUGACAAACAGCAUUUAUAAAGUGGAGCUCAAGGACCCGGCCUUCACCGCUCCUUCUUUGUUGUUACGUGUGUAUGGUAAGAACGUGGACUCCAUCAUCGACAGAGACUACGAGCUCAGCAUUUUGGUCAAGCUCUCCCCUAAAAAGAUUGGCCCCAAGCUUUUGGGUAUCUUCACUAAUGGCCGUUUUGAGCAGUUCUUGGAGGGCUUUGUCACCAUGACCAAGGAGGACGUCAGAAGCCCCGUGAUCUCCCUGAUGAUUGGGCGUAGAAUGAAGGAUUUGCAUUACAAGAUCGAUUUGGACGAUAGAGACAAGGCGUUGAGCGUCCCGAAUGCGUGGCACCAGAUCCAGAAAUGGCUCGAUGUGUUUGAAAAGACGUUCUUGCCGAUGUACACCCCGGACGAAAUCAACGAUAUUGUGCUUUUGCCAUGGCCCAAGUUCAAAGAGUUGGUGUUCAAGUACAGAGACUGGCUUUUUGCCAAGUACGACUCGGAGAAGUUCUCUGAAAACUACAAGUUCUGCCACAAUGACACUCAGUACGGUAACUUGCUUUUGAGAAACACUUUCGACCCCGAGCAGGUGAUCCAACAGCCCUCUGACAGUGCCAUUAUGAACACUAACACGAAGAGAGACAACGAUUUGGCUGUCAUUGAUUUCGAGUAUUCUGGUGCCAAUUUCCCCGCCUACGACAUUGCUGACCACUUUGCCGAGUGGAUGUCUGACUACACUGACACCAAGCAGCCACACUUUAUUCAUGAAGAGGCGUACCCUAAACAGGCCGAGCAGCUCAACUUGCUCAAGUCGUACACUGAGUACGAUUUCCGCAUCCCCACCUCCAAUUUGAAGACCAAAACGAAGCCAUCGGUGAACGAAAGCGACGUGACAUUGAUGCAAGAGUACGAAGUCAAGAAACUCUACAACGAGGUGGUGUUCUGGCGUUCCACCGUUCAAUUCUUCUGGUCCAUCUGGGGUCUUCUCCAGAACGGUCCGCCAAAGAAGUCGGAUGUCGGCUUGUUGGGCUUCAAUUCCGAGGAAAAGGGUGUCCACUCUACUUUCAAGAUCACCACCGGAAUGGACGCCUUGUCCGUUGACGACUCGGCGAUUGUCGAGGACGACGGUGUCAUUGCCUCGAACGACGACGACUUUGACUACCUCAAGUACUCACAACAGAAAGCUGCGUUGAUUGUGGGCGACAUGAUCUCGCUUGGACUCUUGAGCAUCAACGACAUUCGUCCAGAGCACCACAACCUCAUCAAGUUCCUUGAUACCCGUACCUUUGAUAUUUAG